UGUUCUCUCAGUCGUUCCUUCCCUCGCACUGAGCCAUGUCUUUAGAGGUGAAGGAGAAGACGGAGGUGCGCCUGGUGUUCCUGGGCGCGGCUGGAGUGGGUAAGACCGCGCUCAUCCAGCGCUUCCUGAAGGACACAUUUGAGCCCAAACACCGCCGCACUGUUGAAGAACUCCACCGCAAAGUCUACGAAGUGGGAGGAAUCAAAGUCACCAUCAACAUCAUGGACACGAGCGGCAGCUACUCGUUCCCGGCCAUGCGUAAACUGUCCAUCCAGAACAGCGACGCGUUCGCCCUGGUGUACGCCGUGGACGACCCCGCGUCUCUGGACGCCGUCAAACAACUGCGAGAAGAGAUUUUAGAGGUGAAAGAAGAUAAAUUCACUCCCAUAGUGGUGAUUGGGAACAAAAUCGACAGGCAGAAUGAAAGACAAGUGUCCAGUGAAGACGUGCUGUCCACAGUGGAGAUGGACUGGAACCACAGCUUCGUGGAGUCAUCCGCCAAAGACAACGUCAAUGUUCUGGAGGCGUUCAGAGAGCUGCUGCAACAAGCCAACCUGCCCAGCAGACUGAGCCCUGCACUGGCCAGGAGAAGAGAAACUUUCCCCAAAGACAGUAACAAACAUCCGCCCAUGAACAAGACCAACAGCUGCCACAUCUCAUGAACAUCAGCACCUGCCAGAUCAUGAGCUCUGCAAAAGACUGACGACACCUGCAGACAUGAACAUCAACAGCUCUCAGAUCUUAUGAACUCUCUGCUAAACUCAGUACAACAGCUCUUAAAUAUCAUGAGCAAAAGACUGAAGACUUUUGUACCGCAGUGGUUUGCAUAGACUGUUUAGAUACAACUUUGCCUUUGGUUAUAAAUGUGUUUCAAACAGAUUAGACCGGCUUAUAUUUAUGUCAUACUUCAGGCUUGUAUUAUUACAGUGUUGAUAAAAGUGCAAUAACUGUGAUUUUGUUAUGCAAAGUGACAGACACGUGGCUUUUGUCAAUAACAUGGGUCAUACUGUAUUACACAAAUAUCUACAAUAUAAAACAUGAGUGUGUAUUAAAGUGUACAGGCUAUUUACUGUUACUCUGUAUUUCAACU